AUUAAAAAAAUCAUCAUUUCAGGAAGAGAAAAAUCCACCAGCCUGUAAGGGUCAAAGUUCGAAUUCAUUCCGUUAUAGAAAAUUUAAAAAUUUAAAAAGAAAUUAAUGAAAUUAGUGCUCCCAUAAAAUCUACCUGGUAUUGCUAAUUUUAGACUGAUUUUUUUUAUAAUGAUUAAGGGAGAGGUAUGCUUCCGUCCAGAAGAUUUGAAACCAAUAUUUUAUCUACGCGGAGGAUGCUAACCGUCCACGUAAAUAUCUGAGGCGUAUGAAACCUUUGAUCUGAUUCUUGUGGUUUCAGUUGGAUCUAGUUAUUACAGAAACCAGUCUGGAGAAAAAGCUGUUAUGUUAUGAGAUCUUCAUCAUCUAUGGCUUCCAUUAAGCUUUUGUUGAUUGGUCUGCUCGUUCUGCAAUGUGGGCUUGCGCACGGUAGAGGCCAAAACAGAUUUGUUCUUCAAGGCCUUACGUCCCAACAAAACUUGGUAUCUGAUGGAGUUCAUAAAUCCAAUCUAGGGGAACUUCCAGAAAUGUUUUUGAUAGAGUCGGAAUCUGUAAAAGCCAAAUCUUCUUCUGAGGUGUGCGAAGAGACUUAUGGGUUUUUGCCAUGCACAAAAACCGUUGUUGGUAACCUGUUUUUGCUGGGGGUGUAUGGAUUCUUCAUGUUCAAGGCGGCCUCCCUUCUGUCCGAUGGGAGCGAGCUUCUAUUGAAUGUCAUGGGCCCAGGCAUCGUGGGUGGCUUGUUUCUUCCAAUUCUUGGAGCUUUGCCUGACACCCUGCUUAUAUUGGUGUCUGGUAUAUCUGGAAGUAAGGAGACUGCUCAACAACAAGUGCUCAUUGGAAUGGGUCUGCUUGCCGGGUCAACUGUUAUGCUGCUGACAGCUUUAUGGGGGUCCUGUCUUGUUGUUGGGAAGUGUGAUCUAUCUGGAACAUCAGGGGCAAUUGAUUCACAAGAUACAAAAGGCCUCAGUCUCUGUGGAUCUGGUGUCACUGUUGAUGAGUCCACUCGCAAAGCUUCUUGGAUCAUGAUGGCAACUGUAUUGCCUUUCAUUAUUGCACAAAUCCCAUUGAUUUUUAAAUUGAAAUCAGGAAAGCAUGCAAGUGUUUUGGUUGCAUGCAUUGUAGCACUUGUGUCGCUGUUGGUUUAUUGUGUAUUUCAGAUCAUGGAACCUUGGGUUCAAAAAAGACGAUUGGAUUUUUUAAAACAUAGACAUAUCAUAUCAUCCAUUCUAGCUAAGCAUCAUAAGCGUUUUGGAGGACUUAUGAAGGAUAAUGGUGAACCUGAUAGCGACGUCAUUGAAAAAGUUUUCAGAGAACUUGAUGCUGAUCAUGAUGAACAUCUGACAAAAGGAGAGUUACGCGGUCUCAUUGUUGGUCUUGAAAUCGACGCAUUAGAAGAUCAACAUGAAAUUCAAGAGACUGUGAAUAGAGUAAUGUCAGAGUUGGAUGUUAAUCCAGAUAAUCGGCUUACGAAAGAGGAAUUUACAAAUGGCAUGUGUAAAUGGAUUCAAAUUGCAGUUGAUAGUGUUAAUGAAUCAGAUCGUGGCUCAAUUGUACCUACUUUUCACAAGAAGACUAAAGAAGAGUUUGAAGCUUUGAUGGAUAAUAAUGAAGGAAGUGAAACUGUUGGCAAUAAAUACAAAGUCUAUUUGAAAGCUUGUUUACUACUUCUGGGAGGUGCAGUUAUAGCUGGUGUCGUUGCUGAUCCACUCGUGGACGCUGUUGAUAACUUCUCCGAUGUCACAAACAUUCCUACCUUCUUCAUUUCUUUCAUAGCAAUGCCUUUGGCUACAAACUCCAGUGAGGGCAUUUCAGCACUUAUUUUUGCAAGCCGGAAGAAAAAACGAACCGCUUCGUUGACCUAUUCUGAGAUAUAUGGUGCGGUGACAAUGAACAACACAUUGUGCUUGGGAGUUUUCUUGGCCAUUGUCUAUCUUCGAGGAUUGGAUUGGAACUUCUCAGCGGAAGUAUUGGUGAUAUUAGUUGUAAUUGUGGUGACAGGGCUCAUGGGCAGCAUCUACACCACAAUUAAACUUUGGAUGAGUUCCAUUGGUUUUCUUAUGUAUCCUUUAUCUUUGGUUAUAGUUUAUGUCCUGGAUUAUGUUCUAGGAUGGUCAUAGACAUAUUGCCUUCAGCCCAUAUCUAGAUUUCGUUCAAACGACUGUUAGUUUUUGUAUGGCAUAUGGAAUGCAAGGCAAUUAGUUUUAUGGUACAUUAAGUGCAAUUUAAAAUAAAAUUUUGGAGGUCCAUUUGUAGUAA